UUUUUCCGUUUUCUAGUCAAAAGGGAAAUAUUUUGAAAUUCAUUAGAAAACUCCUGUUGUGACACUACUGAUAUUGCCAUUUGCCACGAUGGCUGAAGAGGUUGAAAACGAAAAAACGACGAUGGAAAAUAUAGUACAGAAUAUUAUUGAGGUCAAUGCCGGAGUGACGAAUAACGAUGUGGGUGCUCUCGAAUUUCAAGCAUCACAAGUUAUAUCGCGCCUCGAGGAAGCUGUCGAGAAAGGCACCGAAACAGCUGGAUUAAGCUGGAAUAAUCCAUCGGGAUUUUUGACACAUCCUAAAAGUCCAGAAGAAAUUCUUGGAUUAAUUCAGGAUUUAGUGAUACACGAAGACGUUCCGCAUAUAAUUGACGAUGGAAAAACUGAGACAACGACAAGUCAAGUGGCAAAUUUGCCAACAUUGACUGACGCGGGAAAAUUGACGCUAAUCUCUCAUUCAAUAUCUGCUUAUGCAGUCGCGUUGCCAAGAAAUCAUGCUCAAAGAUUGGCGGGAAGAUUGGCCGCCGAUACGACACGAUGGUUGAGUCAUAUUUUUCGUUUCGUCGAUUGUGCCUCAUCAUUUCACGAUGAUCAUCUCGAGGGUUUGGUGCGUGUGACAAAACUCGCUCUUCACAAAAAAUAUCCCCGUUAUAUGGAGGAUGGAUUCUCGACAUUUGCAUCAUCGCCGCCUUUAAUUUACAGUUGUGUCUCUGCACCCCUGGGUGUUGCUCAACAUUUAUGUCGACAGCUGUCACUGCCGUUCCAUUGUAUACGUCCAAUUCCACAAAAUACAAUGUUUGGUUCGCGCCACUGUAUGGAUGUGUCGGCCCUGGAGAGGUGUCUGGCAGAGGAUGCACAAUCGAACUCAGUGACACCUUUAUUAGUUCUGGCCGAAGCUGGCUCUGUAUUGACUGGUCAUUGUGAUAAUAUUAGUAGACUUCGGGAAAUUUGUGAUAAAUACAAUGUCUGGUUGCAUCUGCGAGGAAAUUCUCUGGCUGCGCUGGCGUUAAGUAAUUCUACAAAAGACUUGCCUUCGAAAAUUGCUGACAGUAUCACUUUGCCUCUUGGUAUUUGGCUUGGCAUUCCAUCCCUACCAGUAGUUACUUUGUACAGAUUAACGGACACGAGAGGUGGACGACCAACGUCUAGAGACACAACUCUGUCACUAGUGUCGGGGUUAAUGUUGGACUCGCUGUCAAGACGUUUGCCCACUUUGCCAUUGUGGACGGCAUUGCAAGCUCUCGGCAGAGAGGGAAUUCAAAAUAGAAUUAGACAGUGCUUCUUGAUUGUUGAAGAUUUAUAUAAUAAAAUUAAGAAAUUUAGCUGCAUAAGAAUACUGAGUCAGCCACCGAGUGGAGAACUCGGAACAGCCACAGCCACCGCCACCCCGCAUAACGAUUUAGUUCCAAGUCCUGUAAAUAGUCAUCAAUUAUUUGAAGUUGUUUCAAGUGCCUUUGUUUUUCAAUUUGUUCCAAUCGAUUAUGACGCGGAGUCAAUGGAACGAGUUCCAAACUACUAUGACAAAUUGAAUUCCUGGCUGGGACAAAUACUCCAAAGAGACAUUGAUAAUGUGCAAAUUGAACUUUGUGAAAUGGAACAACACGGACUGUUGAUUCGCAUUUGUCCGCUCGAGAGUCCAGAGAGGCCGCCAACAAUCGAGGACGUUGACAAUAUUGUCGCGUGUCUAGAUCAACAGAUUGAAAUUCUCAUCGCCACGGUGCAUCACAAGGACACGUUUGUCAAAUUGGUGACUGACAACGAUUCACUGCAUCUGGUGGAAAUGACAGGCUGGGCUGGCUUAGGUGGUGUUCGGUACGCACCGCCCACUUGGAUUAAUGUCAUGACCGAUCAGACUAAGGAGGAACUUAACAAAUUGAAUACACAAUUGGUGGAGACGCUCAAGAGUACGGAUGCUGCCUUUUCGCUCGGUGAAGGCGCAGAUGGUCUUGCUUGUGUUCGAUUCGGAAUGGUUACACAAGAUACUGACGUAGCGGAAUUGCUCUCUUUGGUACUUCAAGUAGGCCAGGAAGUGGAGGCCAGCUCGAAACUUCUCGAUACAAUGUCGGAAGUAGUGAUAAGAGGAAUUGAAGCUGCGCAAACGGAUUUGGAACGUGAGAAUGCGGAAAAACUGUGGCAAGAAGGAAUUUUGAGACACGUUCCCGUUGUGGGAACAUUCGUCAACUGGUGGAGUCCACCGGCAAAAGAAGCUGGAGUUCGAGGACGAAGUUUAAAUCUCCAAGCCGGUGUCGUAGAAAGUACGGAAAAUAUUUACAAAUAUCACAUGCAACUACAACCGAAUUCAAAUGCGAGUAAUGGUUCAGGAGCAAGAACGCCACCGCAGCCACUGGUUCAAACUCCAGUUGGUGCCGGAAGUCAAAGUCAUAGUCGAUCAUCGAGUCAUUCGAGUCUUCAAAGUGGCAAGAACAUUCCUUUAACAACAAAUGUCGCCUCGUUUCAGACUCACGUUAAGGAGGAAUCGAUUGAGGUCAAGACUUAGUGAUAUUUCUGUGAUUAUCGUGAUUAUUAACCGUUUUUCGAAAAGAAGAAAAACAAUCUCAACAUAUUUGUAAUUUAAUUACUGAUUUUCUCUAAAGUCAGUAUGUACGAUUUGUCAAUUUUUCUUUUCUUUUUUCUUUUUUUAAUUUAAAUUUGUAGAAUUAUAAAUAUUUCAAUUAAAA